CCGGACCUGACGGACGAGGCUGAGGUGAAGCAGUACCUGGAGGACCUGGGCACGGAGUACAGCUACCAGUGCCACCGCGAGAAAGACCCGGACGGCUGCCACCGCCUGGCCGACUACCUGGAGAGCAUCCGCAAGGACUUCGCGAGCGCCGCCGCGGUGCUGCGGGACAACUGCGAGCGGGGCCACGGCGACAGCUGCUACAAGCUGGGCACCUACCACGUCAUCGGCAAGGGUGGUCUCUCCAUAGAUUUGAAAGCUGCCUACAACUGCUUUCUGAAGUCUUGUGAGAAAGAUGGGAAGAAAUCCAUAAAUGCGUGUCACAAUGUUGGACUGCUGGCACAUGACGGACGAAUAAAUGACGAUAAACCUGACCUAGACGUUGCCAGAGACUACUACGAUAAAGCCUGUAAUGGCAGCUUUGCCCCUAGCUGCUUCAACCUUAGUGCAAUUUACCUCCAAGGAGCCCCUGGGCUACCAAAGGAUAUGAACUUGGCUCUGAAAUACUCUCUGAAAGCAUGUGACUUGGGACAUGUGUGGGCAUGUGCCAAUGCCAGUCGGAUGUACAAACUGGGGGAUGGGGUUGAUAAAAAUGAUGACAAGGCAGAGGCUCUGAAAAAGAGGGCAAAAGACCUACAUAAAGAACAGAAGGAAGCUGCAACAUUAAUAUUUGGGGAGUAAAUCAAAUUAAACCAUAUUUUUCAGGACAGCAUUUCUAAAUGGAGCAUAAACUUUGUCAGUGAAUAAUAUGUAAACAUAACUCAUUCCGUCACAAGAGACAAGUACCUGUUUGCACUGGCAGGUACAUGUUCUGUGGCUUCAACAGAUACAUGCACAACUUCAGAGGACAAAUAUUUAGGGCCAGGUUUACACAAGAUUCAGCAAAUGUCAAAGGUGCACUUCUAUGUGCUCGUUUCCAGCUGAAAUCUUCCACAUGCAGAGUUGUGCUAGACCAAAUUAGAUUUUGAAUGCACCAUAUUUUGUUUGUGCAAAAUUAUUUAAACAUGGGCAUGCAAAUGGCCUAAAAUAUCAGUCAUGCUUUCUGACUAAUGCUUCCUUUGAAAUGUAAGAUGUUUGCACUCUUGGAUGUUCCUUUUGGCCAAAACUAGGUACUUGGGUUUUGGUUUCUUAUGCCAUACUCCCUCCACUGAUUCGGAAGUAUCUGCCUUUAACUGAAGGUAGCAUUUGCUGUCUCUUGAAUUUCAUUUCCAUAGCUGUAUUAAGACCUGCUGAAUGACCCAGAUAGAUGAUUUAUUGCUAAAGUGAAUAAUACAAUAAGAAAAGAAAUGUCGCUGUUUAGAAUUGUAACAAAAGGGAUAAAAACGAGUUAGCAUGGUGAUGAGUGAAGACUUAAAAUUUAGGAAUCCAUAUACAGAAUAAGCUUGGCUUCCUGAGUCAGCCAAAUCUCACGUUGGUCUGAAUGUCAUUAAAUGCCCUUUGUGUAAAUGGUUUCUAAUUGAUUACAAAUGACAAAGUAUUGUGUUACAGAAUGAGAAUUAUGUUUAUUUUUAAAGUGUCCCAUGCACGGGUGUGAUCCAAGCAAGAAAUUCCUUCUCAGACAAAAUUUCAGCCUUCAUCUGGGAGAGUGCUGAGUGAGACCAUCAAGCUGUGACUGAUAGGCUUGUCCUAUACAAAAUAAGUCAGUGAACUAGGGUGAAAUAUUCCUAUAUCUUACCACUAAGGAGUGCUUGUGCUCUUAAAACCACACAGUACUUUUUUUCACUUGAAAGCAAGAGGCAUCAAGCUGGAAUAAUGUUAUAUGAUGGAGUUGCAGUUAACUUGUUUUUCUAUUAGGCGCCACCUUCAAACCUGUCAUCUAGGCCCAACCCAAAGAGAAUGGGCUGAAAGGCUUCCUGUCACUCUUGCCCUGUUGCCUAGUCCUAGCUUUGUCUGUACUUACCCUGCUCUUUGUCAGCAGACCCCAGGUACCACACCUCAGCUGCCCAAGUGCUUGCACGCUACAGUACUGUGGUGGUUCUACAUGGUUUCACUUUGCAGCCAUGCUGUCAGAGUGUGACGUGCACCCCAGAAAGAAAUCAGCUCCAGAAGGGACCACAGUGGCCAGCAGAAAGCUUAGAGAGACAGCUUGCUUCUACUGGGAGCCUUCUUCCACUUGGCAGAGGAGGAGUAACUGCUGGCAGGAAGCAGGCGUGUGCUGAGUAUGAACACACUCCUAAGUUCUGCCAGCAAAAUCUGAGUGUAGACAAAGCUGCCCAUUCUGCCUCAUCGCAGCUCCUGCCCAGCCCUGCAAUGCUUACGGUCUUGUUUGACCGUUUGCACUGCAAAGCCAUGCUUAUCGUGCUGCCUCGGAUAUAUUGCAGUUUAUGAAGAAAAUGCAUUCAGGAGCCUUUGAUUUCCAUUCCAGGACUGUGCUCUGAGUAUUAUCAUUCUUAGUUGCAUCAUAGUAGCAUUAUCUAGAAAUUUAUAAGGAAGUGGGGGUUUUAUCGUAGCAGACACUUUUAUCAUCCCCCUAUUGUAUAGCUAAGGAACUGGGACAGAGAUUAAAUGACCAAGGUUACGUGGGAAGUCAGUGGCAGAGGGAAUUUAAACUGGAUUUCUUAGAUUCCAAUCCAGCUCCUUAACCAGAGAUGCAGUCCUGUCUGGGCAUCUCCCAGCCUUUAUUCUGUAUGCUGUUUACAAUCAAGCUGAAAUGUGUUUCUCUCCCACUUUCCCACUCUCUGUCACGGAUACCCUGGAGCAGAUGGAAUCCCUGCUGAAAUCUUCAAGCAGGGUGGAAAGGAGCUUACAGCCACAGCUCCUUCCCCUCAUCUUAAGGAUCUGGAAUGAUGAGGAAACCCCAGAUUACUUCAGGGAUGCCAUAAUUAUGAUAGUCUUCAAGAAAGGAGACCGGUCCAACUGUGGAAAUUACAGAGGGAUCACCUUGCUGUUCACCAUGGGAAAGAUCAUUGAGAGAACCCUCCUGAACGGUCUCCCUCCAGUUUCUGAAGAGCUGGUCCCAGAAUCUCAGUGUGGAUUUAGGGCAUCAAGAGGCACAAUUGACAUGAUCACUGCUCACCAGCUGCAGGAAAAAUGCUGGAACAACAUAAACCUCUCUACAUGGCCUUCUUUGAGCUCACAAAAGCCUUUGACUGUCAACCGAGCAGCACUGUGGAGGAUCUUUCUAAAGUAUGGGUGCCUAACAAAAUUCAUCACCAUUCUUUACCUGCUUCAUGAAGGUAUGUGAGCAGUGUUCUCAGUAAUGGAUCUAUCGCAGAUCCCUUUGAGGUUAAGAUGGGAGUUAAGUGAAGCCAUGUCAUCAAUUCAGCACUCUUAUAGAUAUUCCUUACCGUGAUGCUACAUCUGACCACCACCAAGCUUCCAGUUGGAGCAGAGCUGAACUGCCAAAUGAAUGGCAAGCUGCUUAAUCUCUGCCAAUUUGGGGCCUUUAUACAUGCAACAAAAUUGGCCUUUAAAGCGACUUAAUUGCCCUUUUGCACCACUUUAACAGCGUUGCUAUUUACACACUCGGUGGCGUAUUCCGCUUUAAUGGUGUUGCUAUUUACACACUUGGCAGCAUAUUCUACUUGAAAUGACUUUGUAACGUAGCAAGGUAAAAUCCAUCCAAGGUGUUUUAGUUUGCUACCUAACAAAGCUCGAAGGUGCAUGGGGCGAUGGAAGCUGAUGUGCUCGGGGGAGCUUGUGCUUGGCAGGCUUCUAACACCCUCUCCCCGACACCUUCUUCCGCCGCCCCCCUGCUGCCUUGCUGCUCUGCCCCAGGGGCAAGCCAGCCAUUCCCAGGCAGUGGGAAGGCUACGGGGAUGGUGCAUGGGGUGCUAGAGCUUAUCUGCCUCUCCUGUGGCAGGGUUGGCGGGGGCAAGCUGCCAGCGGGAUGAGUGGUCCCUGAGCUGUGGGGGACCCCGGUGCUUCCCUCUACAGUGGUGGCACCCCCCCCAGGCGGUAUCCACCUGCUAGCACCCGACCCAGGUGGUCCCGGGAGCACUGCUACCGUGGAUGGAAGCACCAAGGCCCCAUGCAAUUCGGGUUGUGACCUGGUGACAGCUUGUGCAGGCAGGUUCUAUUGAAGAAAAAAAAAUGGUGAGGAGCCUGAUCUUUUUUUGUUUUCUAAUUCAGUCGAACCUGCCUGCAUGAGCAGAUACCAGCAGAAGCCGAGGCAGGCUCUGGCUGUGACUCAGCAGGGCAGGGUGCCCAAUGUGUGCAUACACCCCACAGCUUUUAUUACAACACCGACACCUGGCAGGGAGGGGAGCAGAGGAGAGGCCCGGAGGUGUGGGGAAGCCCCUGCGCCCAGAGGCAGUGGUGGCAGCGGCGGGAGUGUUUAAAUGCCCACCCCCUGCUCACCCUUCGGGGUCGGUCAUGCAAACACUCCUUUGAAAUCUGUCAUUCUUGAUGGGCAAUUGGCUAGUAUUUAAUAAAGCAAUACAAACUGAGGAGGCAUUUAUUAGUAAGGAAUAAGAUAAAAUGUACAUUCUGUGGCAAUAGAUGGCAGUGUGGGUAAAACAUUCUGAUUUACACUAGAGUACAGAAACCCCACUAUUUACAGGAACUGGUGAUAUAGGAAUGGCAGCAAGUGAUUUUUGUCUUACUGUAGCUAACACUUUUUUAGCCAAUUAAAGAAAAUAAAAGUAAGCAUUAUUUCAGGGUAAGCAAAACAACAGAUUCAUGACCAGAUUCUGGUUUUCAUCUUGUGUGUUCAUUUAUACCAGGGCAAAGUAGGUGUAAAAUGCUACUUUUGGUGCCAGACUGGAGCAUUUAGCCCUUUAAAAAAGGUCAAAGGCAGGGAAGAAUUAGGCCCAUCAACACAGAAUCUUAAACCUUAAAUCAUCCUCUUCAUUUCUUUGAGCAGACGGGCCCUGGUCAUGGAAACCAGGUUGCUCAGAUCUUUGACUCAUCAACCAAAUAUCAGAGCUGCCUUGUUUGGUAUACACUUUGUCCCAGUAGGAUAACUGAUUACAGAAGCUGUGCCUAAGGCUCACCGGCAACAUAACCAAACAUCUGUGGCUGACAGACUUGUAUGGAGCAUUCAGAGGUAACACUGAAACACAUCGGUCCACCUUGUUUCAGUGCAGGACAGGUGGUAUGGUUAAUAAGACCAUAAGAAGUGACUGUCAGCAUUGUUUUGAUUAUCAAGAAUCCUAUUUGCUAACAUGAUCGGUGAAAGAGCCGUACUACGCACAUGAUUUACAGCCAUCAGCAUGCUCUUUCAUGCUCUUCAGUACUUUUUAAUACACUUAUGUUACAAAGGCAUGUAAUUUAGCUUUUCUGGGAGAAAAAUUACUGCUUCCACAAUCACUACAGUUUUGUACAGUUAGUGUGACAGACAUACCAGCAUACAUAGAGCAGUGUACCCAGUAAUAAGGCAGAAUUGGAAAGUUUUGGAAACUUGAGAGUCCUCCUAAGCCUAUUGUCACACCAAGUCACACACACUAAGUCACACCAAGCUCUAUAGCCAACAGCACACAAAGGAGCAAUGUGGCUAGUAUCACAGCUAACCACCUUUGACUCCCCAGCCCAGCCCAGCCCAGGUACCCAUUUACCUAUCUGGGUCAGCUGUGGGCAAUCCUAAGUAUGAGUCCAGAGCAGGAAGGACUUGAACUCCCAGCUCUAGAUCCAGGGGGAGACAUACUAACUGUUCUGCUCUGC